GAGCUGAUCCAACCCAUCACUCCAGUGGAAGGGCUCUUUUUCGCACCUGCUCCGCUCAUCUUGCUAACAUGCGGCGUCAGGGAUGAGGAAGGGUCAAACGGGGAGGAAGAGUUUAGAUGUAACACCAGUACGGAAAGCAACGGAGCCCAAACUUUCAAAGCGGGCGGCGUUUACUGCGCUGUUACGUGAUUAAGGAUGUCUGCGACUCGGUACCGACGGUUUCUGAAACUGUGCGAGGAAUGGCCUCGAGAUGAGACAAAGAAAGGUCGCGAUUUGGGCACAUUCCUGCGGCAGAGGGUCGCCUCCGCGUUUCGCGAGGGUGAAAACACGCAGAUUUCAGAUCCAGACAAAUGUGACCAGAUGUAUGAAAGUUUGGCUCGUAUUAAUGGCAACGUAUACAAACAAAAAUUUCCUCGGGUGAGAGACACGAGCUUCACCGGAGUCACGGUUGAAGAGUGUCGAGUCCUCCUUUCAGGAAGUAUGCAGCAAAGCAUGGAUGAAGAAAAGAAGGGCUUGUGGAAGACAUUAAUGGAGAGGUUCUCCUCCAAAACGGAGGACGUUCCAGAAAAAGCUCCUGAAAAAUAACUUUUGACCUCUUAAAUGACCUUUUCCCAUUAGUGCUUGUGUAGAAAUAAAGUUUCUCUUUGUGA